CAAAACCUUUGUUAAAACGUAAAAAACAAAAAAUAGCAAUAACUGUUACUUUUUCUUCCAAGUAACAGCUUGUUCCUUUUACUUUAGUAGUAACUGUUAUAAAUCACUGUUACUGUUAUUUUAUCCCAUCACUAUUCGGUACAUCGAAAAUGUCCUCUUUAAGAUAUCUUAACCGCUCUUCGCGAUGUCCACAAGCCGCUGGAGUCAUAGAUCCAAUGCAAGUGGAUGCACCUCCAGAAGAAAACGAUAACAAUGAAGAAGAAGUAUAUGAAGUCGACAUUGACUCAUUUGACCUCGAGGCAUAUGCUAACAAUUACACUGGAUUAGCUCGUAUUUACAGGUUGAUAUAUAUAGCGGAUCAUUGUCCAAAACUAAGAUCAGAUGCAUUAUGUUUGGCAAUUUCACAUGUUGUCACAACCAUGAAUGCUAAUUUGUAUCAAGUUCUACAUCAAAAAUUACAACAAUGUCAAGGACACGUACUACCUGACGUAACUGGUGGUACUCCUAUGGAUACAGGAUUGCCAGUUUUCAAUGCUAGUUGGGUGGAGACUACUACUCAAAAAGCUGCGAUGAAACUUGAAAAACUAGAUGGAGAUCUAAAAAAUUAUAAGAGUAAUUCAAUUAAGGAAAGUAUUCGACGGGGUCAUAAUGAAAUUGGUGACCAUUAUGUCAAUUGUGGAGACCUCAUUGAAGCUACAAAAAGUUAUUCUAAAGCUCGAGACUAUUGUACUAGUUCUACACAUGUCAUAUCGAUGUGCCUCAACAUAAUAAAAGUUGGAAUUUAUUUGCAAAAUUGGUCACAUGUUGUCAAUUACAUAAUUAAAGCAGAAUCUACACCAGAUUUUACUGAAAAUUCUGAUCUUCAAACUACCUACAGUUCCACCCUAAAAUGUAUGACAGGUCUAGCUGAACUAGCUAGCCGUAAAUACAAAGUAGCUGCUCAUAAUUUUUUGCGAACUAAUUUAGAUUACUGGGAUUCUUGUGAUGUAAUGACACCUAAUGAUAUUGCUAUUUAUGGAGGAAUUUGUGCAUUAGCUACUUUUAACCGCUUAGAAUUGCAAAAUAGUGUAAUUUGCAAUAACUCGUUCAAAUUAUUCCUUGAACUUGAACCUGAAAUACGUGAUGCAAUUUUUAAGUUUUAUGAAUCAAAAUAUGAAAUUUGUUUAACAAUUUUAGAUAAAAUAAAGCCAACUCUACUCCUUGAUAUGUACAUUGGGUCUCACAUAAAUCAGCUUUAUUCUAAUAUUAGAAGCAAAGCAAUGAUUCAAUAUUUCUGUCCAUAUGACUCUGCUGAUUUAAGGAAAAUGGCAUUGUGUUUCAAUACUCCUUUACCUGAUUUAGAAGAUGAACUUAUGCAACUAAUUUUAGAUGGACAUAUCAAAGCUCGUAUUGACUCAAUUAACAAAAUUCUUUAUGCUAGACAUCCAAAUCAAAGAGUAGAAACAUUUGAGAAAGCUAUGUCAAUGGCUCAACAAUACAGUAGAUAUAUGCAUAUUUUAGUACUAAAAAGUCAAAUGAUUAAACAUCAGACAAAUGCUAAGGUCAGUGAACGAGAACGCCACAAUCAUCUUGGAAAAACUCUAAAUGUAGAUUUUGUAAAAUUAUCUGGAUAAAGUUAUUCUUCAUCUUUUAACUAUUUAUGAAAUAUUA